AUGGCCUGGAGACAAUUCACGUUGAGCGCCCUGCUUGGCCUAGCUUGUGCGCAAUUUCCCCCCAAACUCGAGGGCAUCACCCUUCUCAAAUCCAAGUUUCACGAGAAUGUAACCAUUUCGUACAAGGAGCCUGGUAUCUGUGAGACCACCCCGGGGGUCAAGUCUUACUCGGGUUAUGUACAUUUACCUCCCGGUCUACUCAACGAAGACACUGGCGAGGUGCAAGACUAUCCAAUCAAUACGUUCUUCUGGUUCUUUGAAGCCAGAACGGAUCCACAAAAUGCUCCCUUGGCAAUCUGGUUGAAUGGCGGUCCCGGUGGUUCAUCCAUGAUGGGUUUACUAGAGGAGAAUGGACCUUGCUUUAUUGCAGAAGACUCAAAGACUACGUACUUGAACCCGUACAGUUGGAAUAAUGAGGUCAACAUGCUGUACCUCGACCAACCCGCCCAGGUUGGUUUCUCCUACGACGUGGCCACCAACGGGACCAUGCGCUUGGUCGAAGAAGACGGCGAGGCCCUAUUUAUGACCUUUGCGGCCAACUUUACCGAGGGCCCGGUGCCAGAGUCCAACCUGACGUACCGUGUGGGAACCUUUGGCAGUCAGGACGUGACCAAGACGUCCAACACAACGGCAUUUGCGGCACAUGCGCUGUGGCACUUUGCGCAGACCUGGUUCUUCGAAUUCCCCAACUACAAGCCCAGCGAUGACCGCGUGAGCCUGUGGGCUGAGAGCUAUGGUGGCCACUAUGGACCUGGCAUUUUCAGCUUCUUUCAGCAGCAAAACGAGAAGAUUGCCAAUGGCAACUCGACCGAGGAAGGGGCCCAUUACAUUCACCUUGACACGCUUGGUAUCGUCAACGGUCUCCUCGACAUGGCAGUGCAGGGAGAAGCAUAUAUCAAGUUUCCCUACAAUAAUACCUAUGGCAUUCAAGUUUUUAACGAGUCCAUCUAUGAGACUUUCUUGAAAAACUGGACAGAGCCCGGCGGCUGCCACGACAAAGUUAUUGACUGUCAGGAAGCACUAAAGGAGAGAGAUGGAGUAAAGCCACGUACUGAAGGUACAGACUGGCGUGAAGUGUGCGAAAAAGUGCUUGAGGGAUGUUCCUUUCCAGCCGUUGCAACUUACCAGAGUACUGACCACGCCUGGUACGAUAUUGGUCACCCCAACGCAGACCCGUUCCCCGCACCCUAUAUGUAUGGGUACUUGACACAAGAGUCCGUCUUAUCUGCUCUGGGUGUUCCAGUCAAUUACAGUGAACACUCGGGCGCUGUUGGCCAAGGAUUUCAAGCCAGCUUUGAUAUCAUUCACGGCGGAUUCUUGGAAGCUGCUGGAUACCUGUUGGACACUGGAGUCAAGGUCCACAUGAUGUAUGGUGACCGCGAUUACGCAUGUAACUGGAUGGGCGGCGAAGCCGCCUCGCUCGCCAUCCCUUAUAGUCGACAGUCCGACUUUGCCGAGGCGGGCUACGCGCCCCUAUUGACCGACAACGGGGUGUUGAAGGGCUUCACGCGUCAGCUUGGCAACUUUAGCUUUUCGCGCGUAUUCCAAUCCGGCCAUGAGGUACCCAGCUAUCAGCCCGAGGCCGCGCUGGCCAUCUUCAACCGCGCCAUGUUUGGUCUCGACGUUGCCGAGGGCCGCAAGCCCGUGACGGAUGACUUUGUCACCGUCGGCCCCAAGAGCACGUGGGAUGUCAAGAAUGUUCCCCCUGAGCGGCCCGCAUCUAGGUGCAACGUGCUCAAGCCCAGUACGUGUACGCCGGACAUGCUUCAGAAGAUUGAACAGGGCAAAGUCAUUGUGGAAGACUUUUUCGUCGUCUCCGUCAUUGAGAGUGAUGAUGAGAACAGUGGAGUUGAACUUGUACCAGUUAUGGAUGAGCAGUCACAGAACAUCAUUGGUGAGCUUUGA